AUGUACAAUAGUGCUCGUAGAAACAGUAUGAGUGAUCCUGAAACAGACAUUGGGUCUCGCCGCAGCUCUGAAGAGACCAAUCGUUCAACCGGUUUUCCAGGCGAAGUUCAUUCCCCCAUGCGACAAAAAAUCACCAUCAGUCAUGGUAAUAAUCCCUUGUUGAAGUACCAGCUGCAGGAAUCUCAUAUGUUUAAAGUCGUCAUUGAUGGUGAUGAUGGUGGUGUGGAGAUUCGAAAAGUACAUGAACGCAUUGAAUCAGCACUGCGUAUGCGGCCGCAUUAUAAAAAAGUAAAUGAACGAUUUCACAUGCCGCGAUUACCACGUCGUGUGACUAUCACUCAAGCAGAAGGAAUUUAUCAAGUCUCAGAUCACCAACCUUCUCCCAUGUACUCAUUGCAGUCAUGGAGUACCUUCGCAUCGGAUGUACAGCAUCUUCGGCUGACGGUUAGUAACACCAGUUGUAUUAAGGCAUGUUCACAUCGACUUAAUAUUAUACAAGAACGAUCUAGAAUGUUUUUUCUUCUUAAUGCAGAUAUUGAGGAAAAACAGAAUUUUCGUAAAGCAGGUGGUGUUUUAGCUAAGUCUACUAAAGUAGAUAAUUCUGUUGUACUAGCACGUUCAAUUGAUGCCCAAGAACUUUUAGAUAUUAUUAUUGAUUGGUAUAAUCGAUACCCCGAUGCACCUUUGCGUCUUCGUAAUGGUACAAACUCUACACUACGUGAACUUUUUCAAUCAAAUGGGGUAGAUGAUCCUUCACAUCUUACUGUAGAAAGUUUAGGAUGGCAACCUAAACUUGGUAAUACUGAAAAUGAAGAUUAUUCACUUGAUCCAUCUCCUCUUAGUGCUGAAUUACGAUAUAGUUUUCUUCACUUACGGGGUUCAUGUACACCACGUCUUUUACAGAAACGAUUACAGAAAGCUGAUCAAAAUAUGCAUUACGUUCAAGCAACUGAAUACUCUAUUCCACUUUAUGGUACAUACUCUAAUGAGUUAGCAGAUAUCGCUACCGUUUUACAUAGGUCAAAUGUUGGACCUUAUAGACGUAAUAUGUGGAUACUUAAUGUUCGUUUUAUGUAUGAUCCACCAUCUGAGAUAAACUUUCCUGUAUAUUGUAAAACAAUUCAAGACCAAUUAGAUUUUAUUUUUCUACCAUUAUUUAAAGCAACUAUUUCACCUACAGGUACAAAAUACACUUCUAUUGCUUGGUUCCUAAAACAAGUUGGUGGAUUUCAGAUUGGUACAUCAGCUGCUGCAGUAGAAGCCGAUUUUGAUGAAAAAGCCCCUAUUCCUAGUGAAAUACCUUAUGGUAGUAAUAGACCUAAUGGAUUAUAUUAUUUUUAUUAUAUGUAUGCUAAUUUAACUGUAUUAAACAGUUUACGAAGACGUAAAGGAUUGAAUACUUUUCAACUACGUUUUUGUGGUGGUAAUCAAAGUAGUCAAAGUGAUCUUUUAGCUGGAUAUCUUUUAGGUGAUGUCAUUACUCGCGCUACAAAAAUUAUGGAUUUUCCAGUUUUACAGUAUUUAUGUGGUUUACAUGGUGUAGGUCUUACGGUAAGUCCCUUACGUGAUCAUAUUCAAUCUGUUGUACCAUAUCAAGAACAUCCACUUCCAAAUCUUUUACAUCGUUGUCUUAAUGUUGCCAUAGCUACUGAGGCCCCACUUCUUUUUCAUCAUAAUUCAAAUUCACUUCUUGAAGAAUAUGGAACCGCGAUGAAAAUGCUUCGUCUUAGCUUUCUUGAUGUAACCGAACUUGCUCGUAAUAGUGUUAUGAUAUCAUCCUUUCCUCCUGAACGUAAAAAAGAAUGGUUAGGAGAACAGUAUAAAUGUGGAGUAGAAGGUAACGAAUUUGAAUUAAGUCAAGUAACGAAUGUACGACUUGCUUUUCGUGAAGAAGCAUGGAGUUUAGAACGUGGUAUGCUAAAAGAUUUGUAUAUUAAUCGAGGAGUCGUAGAUGAAACCACAGCUCUUAGCCGUUGGCAUUAUCUUAGCAAUGUAAAGGAAGUAGAAUAUAAUACCGUGUUAGAUACUCGUAUUCGUUUUCCCCGUACGGUAUUAAAUGGACCUCAUAAAGAAGUAAAAUCGGCUCUUAGUGCCGCUCCUCGUAUUGCUCGGGCACUUGAUAUGAGAUUUAAAUAUAUUUGGGAACCACCCAAUCCAUGGGAAGUUGUCGGACAACGUCGAACAGUAGAAGCUGAUUUUCAACGAAAAACAGAUAGUUUUAAUGAAGAUGAUUGGACUUAUGCGGCAAGUGAUGCUGUUUUUAUUUCAUUCCCAAAGAAUGCGGUACAUGCAUGGCCUAGACAUCUUCCGACAUUAGAAGCUUUUCGUAAUGACUUAAAGGAACUUUAUGCAAUUUGUGCAAGUACAGAAGUAAAAGAUUAUGCUCAUCAACGAUUAGAAAAUCUAGAACAUAAAUUUCGUCUUCAUUUAGCUCUUAAUCAUGGAAAUGAAGCAGGAACUACAAUAGAUCGUGUAUCUUCUAAUCGUGAUAUUUAUCAAGCCGUAAAAGUUGAUACUCAUAUUCAUAUGGCAGCUGGUAUGACAGGAAGACAAUUGUUAAGUUUCAUUAUAAGAAAACUUAUUUACAGUGGUGAUGAUAUUGCGACCAAAAAGGGAGAUAUUAUUCAUACCCUUGGACAUUUUUUUAAGAAAAAUGGAAUUACUCAAAAUUUGACGGUUGAUCAACUUAAUGUACAGGCAGAUCAUACAUUAUUUGAACGAUUUGAUAAUUUUAAUAAUAAAUACAACCCAAUGGAAAAUUCAGAACUUCGUUCUCUCUUACUUAAGACAGAUAAUUUUAUGAAAGGACGCUAUUUUGCUGAAUUAAUUCAAGAUGUUUUUGCUCAAUAUUUAAGAGAUCGAUAUACUUAUGCUGAAAAUCGAGUCUCUAUAUAUGGUAUAAAUAUCAAAGAAUGGGAUAAUUUAGCUCUGUGGUUUUCUACUCAUGGUAUGGCAUCAAAGCAUAAUAAAUGGAUUAUUCAAGUACCUCGUGUAUAUAAAGUUUUUCGAGCUCAAAAUAUUAUUGGAAGUUUUGGUCAAUAUUUACAAAAUAUAUUUCAACCUCUUUGGGAAGCUUCAUUACAUCCUUCUGAACAUCCAUUGGUUCAUCAUUUCUUAAAUCAUAUGAGUGGAUUUGACUCUGUUGAUAAUGAGGCAACACUUGAUCUUCCUUUUGUACCAAUUUCACCAUGGGCAUGGACAUCUGUAGAAAAUCCACCGUAUAAUUACUAUUUAUAUUAUUUAUAUGCAAAUAUACGUACACUUAAUGAAUUUAGGGCUUCACGUGGAUUUUCAACCUUUGCAUUACGUCCUCAUUGUGGUGAAUCUGGUUCAGCAGAACACCUCUACGGAGCUUUUCUUUGCGCUAACAGUAUUUGUCACGGUAUUAAUCUUCGUAGUGAUUCUCCUAUGCAGUAUUUAUAUUAUUUAUCUCAAAUUGGAUUACAUGUUUCACCACUAAGUAAUAAUGCAUUAUUUUUACGAUUUCUUGAAAAUCCAUUUCCUGAAUUUUUUCGAAGAGGUUUAAAUGUUUCUUUGAGUACAGAUGAUCCACUUAUGUUUCACCAAACACGAGAACCAUUAAUUGAAGAGUAUAGUAUAGCAGCUCGUGUAUGGGGACUUUCUCCGAAUGAUUUAUGUGAAAUUGCCCGUAAUUCUGUAUUACAGUGUGGAUUUGACUAUAUGUUUAAACGUGAAGCUAUUGGUGAUCAUUGGUAUAUGAGUUCUUCCUUAGGCAAUGAUCCCCUGCGUACACAUCUCUCGGAUAUUCGUGUGGCCUUCCGCUUUGAGACCUACCACACGGAGAUGCAAAACCUUGAGCUCUGCUCUGGUCGCAGCAUCAAACGCUGCAUGCUCACCUCCGAUCAAGAGGAGGAAAUUUACGAAAACAAUCUUGACGUUGGCCCGGAGGAAGUUAUUCUCUCCACACACGAUCAGGCGAUGGAGGUCUUACUACGCGAUAUUGAAACAAAGCGGGAACAACUCCGGGUGGCCCAAGUGCAGGUGGAUGCCCUGCGGCGGCAGCAAAGAUCUCUCGUCGACAAUUUGGCCGAAGUCGGGCUUCGCCGGCAGGAGGCGCAGGAACAGGCGGAGCGGGAGAAGUGCGCCGAAACUCUGCGGUACGAGAGAAGUCUGCCAAAACCCGCAGACACCGACUUUGCGACAUCUGAACAGGAAAUGGUCCAACGACUGCUGCGAUGGCGGCCUAUGCCACCAAAGGUUCUGCAACAUGUGACAGAAUCACAAUUCCCAUUGAAAGCAGCUCGAACGCUACCAAGGUUAAAACCUAUUGGAAAUGAAAAGACGAAUACAAUGUAUACUAUAUGA